CGUGAAUUACUAGCAUACCUAGGUAGAUUUAUGAUUACAAGAAUCACCAUUCAUUUAUCUUAAAGGAGCUUCUAGACCGGCGGGCUAUUCCUAAUCAGGUAUCAAAACCACCGUCCACGAGAGGGCGGCAAGGCAGUUCCUCCAUCCUUCUACGACACUCACUCCAAAUCACGUACGAGGCGAUAUGUCUUCAAUUAUUAUGAGAAGGGCCCUGCGAGGUUCGAGGCCUUUAAUCCCUCUGAUCAAUAGAGCGACUUCGACACAGAUUAGAAGAAAUAGCGAUGGACCAGUUAAACCCAACACGCCAGACAAGAUACAAGUAGUCAAUACCUCAAAGGCCAUGCAGCGUUCGUCUCAACGCCUCAAUCUCCUCUCCUAUCUAUAUCACCGCUAACAGAAUGCUGGUGCUUGCAGCUGUUGGGCCAUAUUCGCAAGCUAUCAAAACGCCGUCCGCAAUCUACUGUUCAGGACAGUUGCCAGCUGAUGCACAAGGCAAUAUCAUUAACGGCAGCAUGCGAGAGCGGACCAAAGCCUGUCUCCAAGCCCUCGAGGCCGUGCUGCACGCGGCCGGCUCGUCACUGGACAAGAUCGUCAAGGUCCAGAUCUUCUUGACCGACAUGGCGGACUUUGAAGAGAUGAAUUCGGAGUAUGCGAAGUGGAUUAGGCAUAAGCCUGCAAGGAGCUGUGUGGCUGUAAAGCAAUUGCCAAAGGGCGUUAAUGUUGAGAUUGAAUGCAUUGCCUUGCCGUGAUUGCUGAGGGGAGGCUAGGCUGGGGGAAAUUUGAAGUUAUGAUAAUCUAAU